GACUUUGAAACCAGGGCAACACAUUUGCACGUCCUGGUAAUCACAUACAGUAAGAUUAGCUCUAUAAAAGCCAGUGGAACAAAGCACAAGAAUUAGUCUUCACGGAAAGAGGAGGACUCUCCUGAUUUUAAGGCUUCAAGGAGCUUUACAAAGCCCAUCAUGGGGGGUACCAAGCUCUGCCUUUUGCUGCUGCUGGGCACAUACACACUAGCCCAGCAAGAUGUUGGAAAUGCUAUGGAACAAUCUUCCACUUGCUUUCUGGCCAAAAGAUUCAAGAACUUCAGGCGGUUUGUGUACGACUAUGAAGCUGAGACCUUUAACGGCGUGAACGGAGCAACUAACCAAAAGAGUGGCCCUAAAGUCUCCUGCAGAGUUGAGGUUGAUGUACCCCAGACCUGUAGCUUCAUUAUCCGCACAACAGAUUGCUCUUUGACCGAGAUUUCUAGUGUGGAUGAAUACGGGAACCCAGAGUAUUCUCCUGCUGCUGGAGCUCAUGCUUUCAAAGCUGCCAUGGCCAAGAACCUGUUGAAGGUCGCAGUUGAAGAACAGACUUCUGUCAAACUCUACCCUGAGGAUGAUGAGCCUGUCAACAUCCUGAACAUCAAGAGGGGAAUUGUCUCUGCCCUCCUUGUGCCAGUAAUGGAAGAGGAAAACAACAAAAAAAUGCCCACCGUGCAUGGAGUUUGCCCCACCGACUUCACCGUCAACACCAGACAGGACAUUGCCACUGAUGUGACUGUCAACAGGGAUCUUUCCAAAUGCGACUCAUUCUUUGCCCACAGGCAGGACACCAGUCCAUUAGCCCUCAUCACUGGCAUGAACUACCCUCUGUCCAAGAUGAUUAGCAGCACCCAGACUUGCAAUUAUAAGUUUGACAACCAGAAGAAGCACAUGACCAGUGGAGUAUGCGCAGAGAAACACAUCUUUCUGCCCCUCUCCCACCAGAAUGAAUAUGGGAUCUCUACAUUGGUGAAGCAGACUGUGACCCUGAGGGAAACUGCUAAGAUCAAUGACAGAAUCUUUGAUCGCAAUGAGGACAGCUUCAAGUACUUGUCCAUGGAUGUUGUUGACGACAAGUCCCCAGUGCAAACCAAGGAUGCUGUCAUCGCCACACUGAAGCAGCUGAGCACUCUGUCACAUGAAGACCGCGAGGAGCGGGCUAGCCUCUUCCACAAGCUGGUGUCUGAGCUGCGUGGCCUGAAGAUUGAGGUCCUGGAAUCUGCAGUUGCUGAGAUGAUGGAGUUGUCCACACCUCUGUCCUGGCAAGCUCUGAUUCAGUGCGGAACCCCAGAGUGCACCAGUGCCAUGCUGAAGGAUCUCAGGACCUUUACCGAUGGUGCUCUUGAGGUUGAUGCUACUGUCUAUGCCAUGGGACUGCUGGCUAACCCCUCCCGCCUCAUGGCAAAAGACAUGCUGGCAAUGGCUGAGUACAAGCAGAGCAAACCCAUCAUGUAUGCUCUGAGUAACAUAGUCCGGAAACUGUACCAGGCUGAGGGCGUUACCCCAGAGAUCACUGCUGUCUCAGAGUUCAUGGCUUCUCUCCUGGGUGCAGAUUGCUCUGGGGACAAAGAUCAGACCUUCCUGAUCUUGAGGGUUAUUGGUAACAUGGGAGAUGCAAUGGAGGCUGCUAACCCUGCUAUAAAGACCACCCUACUAAAGUGCAUGAGACAGCCUGCAACCACACUGUCUGUGCAGAUGGCAGCCAUUCAGGCUUUCAGACGCAUGUCAGUGACAGAUGAGGUUCGCUCUAACCUUCAGAGGGUUAGCCAGUACCCCAAGGGUGCUGUGCAGAAACGCCUGGCAGCUUACCUGAUGCUGAUGAAAAAUCCGCAGGACAGUGACAUUGAGAUUGUGAAGAAGCUGCUUAGACAGGAGCAGAACACACAGAUCAAGUCCUUUGUGACCUCCCACAUCUACAAUAUCAUUUCUUCCACUGAUUCAGAGACACAGAGGCUACGUGAGAAGAUCAUGGAUGUCCUGCAAGACACUGAUAUCGCCACACACAAUGACUACACCACAAAGUCUCGCAACUACAAGCUGGGCGUAGCACACAACAACAUGCAGGCCAGUGUUCAGGGCAACAUCAUUUUUGAUCCCAGUAGCCAGUUGCCAAGGGAGGUCUUGCUGGAAACUACCCUGAAAGCUUUUGGUUUCAACAUGGAUAUUUGGGAGGUCGGCAUGCAAGGAAAGGGCUUUGAGCCAACAAUUGAUGCCUUGUUUGGAAAGAACGGGUUUUUCCCUGACACUUUGUCCAAAGCUCUGUACUGGACUAUGGACAAGAUACCAGAACUGAAUAUGUGGUUUGCUGCACCAGAAUCAGAAGGACGGAAGGUUCCCGAAAAUCUUGUGAGAGAAGUCGUUCGCAACUUCAACAAGCUGGUUAAAGAUCUGCAGAGUCAGGAGUCCCCAGAAGCCAUGGCCUACCUGAGGAUCAUGGGAGCUGAGCUUGGCUACAUCAAGGGCAGCGAACUGAGGUCCAUUGCUGACAACGCAUUGAUGUAUGCAGAUAUUUUCAUGAGGAUCAUUCCUUCCAAGGUUGUGGCUAACCUGAUGUCCAGCACUAAGAAUGAGAUCUUUGCUCAUUACAUCUUCAUGGACAACAAAUUCAUCAUGCCAACAGCAUCUGGCUUGCCUCUGAAAUUUGCUUUGUCUGGCAUCUUUACCCCUGGUGCAAAGGGAGGUCUUCGCAUGGUUCCAAAAAUGAAGGAACUGCUGUUCAUGCCCUCUGUUGGAGUUGAGUUUGUGACACAGAUGGGAGUCCAUGUCCCUGAAUUUGUUGCGUCCAUGGUCGAGAUGCACACCAACAUGUACCAUGAGAGUGCAAUCAAUGCCAAGAUCACCAUGGAGGACAGCCAGGUCAAGCUUUCCAUCCCUGCCCCACAGGGCACCACGAGACUCUUCAGUAUCGGCAAUAAAGUGCUGGUUGUGGGUGCUGGUCAGGCUGUAGAGAUCCCACACAGACAGGGUGAAGUGAACUGCAGACCUCUCUUCUCUGGAGUCAAAUACUGCACCAGAACAAUUCUUCCUGACACUGGUGACGAGACUGCUGCUCCCUACUUCCCCCUGAAUGGAGAGACUAAGUUUUCUGUGGACAUCGAGCCUUCUGAAGAGGUCUCUGAGUACUCAGCUACCAUUGCCUACAAGCUUCUCAGCGAAGGAAAGGAUGGUCGCCAGAAGGUUGAUUCUUUGAAGUUGGCCCUAAGAGCUGAGGGUGCUCAGCCUGCUGAAGCUACAGCAACCAUGAAAUACAACAGGAACAGGAAUGUCUUCACCACCCAAAUUGAGAUACCUGACUUUGAUGUUGAAACCGGCAUUAAGGUUGGCAUGACUGACAGCAACACCAAAGGAAAAUCCAUUUCCUUAGAGAUCACCAACAAGAAUGUACCCCAGCUCUCUCUGACUGGCCGUGCCAAGCUUCAGGCAAUGACUGAUGGCAUGCUGCAGGUUCAGCUAUUAGUCCCUUCACUCAAGACCGAUGCCAGCCUUACUGCUACCAUGAACAAAGCUGAAGGACUCACCAUGGAGAUUAAAAGCGAUGUCAAGCUCCCAGAGACCUCCUCCAUUCAGGCAGUCACAUUCAAAUAUGGUGAAGACCAGGCUGAGGUUCAGCUGAUGUCCAACAUGAAUGCCAGUACUAAGAUCCUGGUGCCUUACACCGAAGCUCUCCAGGCCUGGCUUAGGCAGUUUGUAGAGGAUGCCAUGGACCAGCAGGUUGUCAAGACUGACAUGAAACUGCGUCAUAUCUUCAACAAGGCAGCUGAGGCCAGCAAUAUGUGGAUGAACAAGAUCACAAAGGAUGUUCCCUAUGUUGAGACACUGAAGAACAAAAUGGCAACUGUUGAAAUGCCUUCCAUGCCUGAAAAUCUAUUCAUGAACCUUGAGAGCACAUUCAGAUACCAGUUCAAUCAGGACCGUUUCACCAUCAGUAUUCCUCUGCCUCUUGGUGGCAAGUCAUCUCAGGAACUAAGGAUACCUCCAGUGGUUGCCUCCCCACGCAUAUCCAUGCCUCAGCUGGGCAUGGAGUUUGCCUCAAAGGAGAUCCAAAUUCCCACUUUUACCAUCCCCUCCGAAUAUGAUCUCACCCUUCCUCUGAUGGGAAUGAUGGAAAUGUCUGCCAAGGUCAACAGCAAUUAUUAUAAGUGGGAGGCAACAGCAUCUGCUGGUAACAAUACUGUAGAUUCUCCUAGCUAUAUGGCCAUGUUCAGCAUCCUGGCUGAGAGUCCAAUUGAGCUUCUCUCCUUCUCAACUAAAGGCGCUACAAAAAUCACAGACACAGCAGAGAAAACUAUGCAAUACAGCAUUGAUGGUUCCAUGAAACACAUGCUCAUGACCACAGGUUUUAAUGUGCAGGAAACAAUUGCAGUCACGGAUAAUGUAAUGUCAACAGGAAAAUAUAAUGUGUAUGCCACUUCUUCUCUGGGUUUGGAGACAUCUCUGACUGUCACUACCCAGGUUGUCCUAGACUCAAACAUGCUCUCCGGAGAUAUCAACACAGACGGAAGUGUGUCUGUUGGACCCAUGGCUGCUACCACCACCUAUCUCCACACAUUCUCUGUUGAGCCAGCAAAGAAAGAAGCAAGAAUGGAGAGCACACUGAGGGUGAAUUCUGAAAUCCUGAAGGUCUCAAACAAGAUCAAGGCAUCAUAUGCAAAUGAGGAGCUUAUGAUUGAGUCAAACACCAACAUGAACAGUGACCCCAUCAAGCAUACCACCAAAAUGAGCCUGAAAUACAAGGAUGUCAAGAUUACCAUCCAGUCUGACUCUGUGACCAAGGCUGAUGAGCGAAUGCUUCGUAGCCAGAUAGACUUCUCUGCCUCUGAAGGACAGGCCAGCCUCAGGAUAGAGAAUCAAGCUGAUGACACAGAGAACCGUGCCUAUUCUUUGCUCACUGGUUCCAUGAACCCCUCUGGCUUGGAAAUCAAUGCUGAUGCCUCCUUGAACAUCUUUUCAAGCCUAGCCUCUCACAAGGCAACUUUGGCCCUGAACAUGAAUGGCCUGACCACUAGCUGUACAACAACUGCUCAGCAUAGUCCAGUGACCUUUGAGAAUGUUUUCCACGCUGGACUUGAUACCUCUGGUGCUACCGUAUCUCUCACCACCAAGGGAGCCCUUAAAGAGAACAAAGCUGAGCUCAGUGUUGAGGGAAAGAUGGCAACCACAGAAGUGUCUCUCAAUGGCAUAUUUAAGGGCAACUUCUUUGACAUCAACACCAGGAACAGAAUGAACAUGAAAUUGAAUGAAGAUGGCUUGAUUCUUUCCAACAGUAUCGUGGGAUCUUUCAAUGAAAUGAGGACCGACAACACCAACUCACUGUCCCUUACAAUGAGAUCUUUUGCAGUCCAAUCCAAGACUGAGAAUGUCCUUGACGAGCGUAACUCUUACAAGCAUGACAUCAGCAUUAACAUGGAACGUUUUACUGCCUCAGUCAUUGUGAAGAAUGACCUGAAGAUCAUGGAGGUCAACUUUGUGAAUGAUGCCCAGUUCAAGGUACAGCCUUACAACAUGGAGUUGACUGGAACAAUGAUGGGAGUCUUCUCAGAGGAAGAGCUCAAGCACACUUAUGAAGUCAAGUUUGUUGACAUGGUCUUGUCUGCAAAGUACAAUACCAAUGGCAAACUCCUGGGAACACACAUGAUGCAUACCACUGACAUGGAGGUUGCUGGUCUGAACAUGAAGCUUAACAAUGCAGCCAACAUUAACUCCCCAUAUCUUCGUCUGGACAGCACGGUCAAAACUGUUGCUGCACCCUUCACUCUGAACAUUGAUGCCAUUUUCAACUCAGAUGGUGCCGUGUAUCUGUAUGGACAGCAGAGCGGUGAACUAUACAGCAAAUUCCUCCUGAAAGCAGAACCCCGGCAAUUCACCCAUUCAUUUGAGUACAGAGCCUCAACCACCCAUGAACUGGAAGGCAGACCCACUAUCAAGACCAGUAUGGGCAACAAGUUCAGCAGCAUGCUGAGCCUCCAAGAACAAAGUGUCACACUGAAGAUGACAUCCAAGGUAAACGAACAUACUUUUGAUCAGGAAAUGAAUGCCUAUAACAAUGCAGACAGAAUAGGCAUUGAGAUGUCGGGUGCUGCCACAGCCCCACUCUUCAGUGAAGCCAAUGAAAAAUAUGCAAUCUCUGGAUUUGUGAAAUAUGACAAGAACAGUGAUAGCCACUUCAUUCAGAUCCCAUUCAUUGAGCACCUGCCUGCAGUUAUUGAAAAUGUAAAGACCACAGUGAUGAGGCUGAUGGAUCACAGUAUUGAGAUGUUGAAAGAUAUCAACACUAAGUAUGAGGUCAGUGCCAAGUUUCAGAACAAAGUGUCAGAACUAAAGGAGAUCGUUGAUAAUUUUGAUUUCAAUCUUUUUGUCCAAGACCUGAGAAAGUUCAUUAAUUCAAUGGAAAACUAUGUGACCAACCUGACCGCAAAGUUCCCAACUGACAAAGUCGUGAAAAUGCUGAAAUCAGUAAAGGAGGCUGUCAUGGCUUGGAUCAAGAAGCAUAACAUUGACAGCAAGUUCAGCGUAAUUUAUGCCAAAGCAGAGGAGAUUCUCUCCAGCUAUGAGGUUGAGAAGAUGAUUGGAGCCAUUAUGGAUGAAAUUGUUAAAAUCAUGAAGCAGUAUCAUGUGAGGGAAAGGAUUCAGUCUGCAUUUGCUGCUCUCAGGACAACUGACAUCCAGCCUUUGCUCAGAAGAGUUAUGGUACCCAUCCAGGAGUUUGUGAAUGAACUGUAUUCCUUUGACUUCAAACAGCUAAUUGAUGACAUGAGCGACUAUUUUAUGAGAAUGAUCCAGAAAAUCAAAUCUUUUGACUAUGACACAUUCACAAUGGAAUUGAAAGAGAAAAUGGCAGACAUCAGCAAGGUUCCCUGUUUUGGAAAACUCUAUGGAGAGUUCAGAAUUAUCUCACCUCAUUACAACCUCAGGACCACUGCUGAUCUGGAGAACACCACAAGUACAUCAAUCACGCCAGAGUUCAAAAUGAACCUCAACUCACAGGCUACAUCUACUUUGAGGAUCCUUGAUUUUACUGUGGAUGCCAGUGCUCAUUUUGUUGCACCCAAGAUGAGUCCCAUGUCCAUUUCUGAGAACAUCAAAGUUGACCAGUCAUGUUUUACAUUUGACCACAAGGGAACAAUGACUCUCUAUGGCCUGUCAGCUCAAGCUUCUACUGAAACGACUGCAAAUGUAAAUACUGAGCUCUAUGUUGCAGAGCUUGUUAGUAGUGCACUCUUUGCCACUGAAAAUGGAAUUUCCUCCACUGUGGAGACUGGCUACAAACACAAUCUUAACAUGCCACCCCUCGAAAUCUUCAGUGAAACAUCCCUGAAACAAAAGACCAUUUUUAAGGUUGUGGAUGGCACAGCAAGUCUCACUAUUGACAAUCUGGCUAAAGGAAAAUAUGCUUUCCAGGACCUUUCAGAUGAGGCAAACCACAAGAGUGACAUGGAGGUGGUGAUGGAUCUCCACACAGCCAAAGUGACUUUCACUGGAGCAACAGGCAGCAGAGACUUCAAAAUGAACCAAAAUGUGGUUGCAGAUAUUUGCAUUUUCCGCCACAUAAUAUUUGAAGCCAAGGUUGAGACAGAAACCCCUAUCAUGAGGGGUAGCAUAGCAGAGGUCAAGCUCCAGGCUAAGGCUGAAGACCUGAAAAUUGAUUUCUCUGCCUCUCACAAUGCAGAGCUAGUUGGGAAGGUUGAAGGAACUCUCUCAAGCUCUGUGGUUGCUUCAGUCACACCUAGAGACCUUGUGUUUGACACCAAAAACAAGGGGAAUGCCAAGAUUGCCUUUCCGUUCAGUUUGUCUGGAAAGAUGGAUCUCCAGAAUGACAUCUUCUUUUCCCUGAAGUCUGAAGCUCAGCAAGCUAGCUGGACAGGUCUGGCUAGAUUCAACCAAUACAAAUACUCCCAUUACUUUACAAUAGAUAAUGGUGACAGCGAAAUUAACAUAUUUUCCCAAAUUAAUGGAGAAGCAAAUCUGGAGGUACUGAAAGAGCGCAUCACCAUUCCUGAAAUAACUUUGCCAUUUGUUGGUAUCAAGACGCAAAGUAUAGAAGACUACUCAUUGUGGGAAGACGCUGGCCUGAGCUAUCUCCUGACCACAACUCAGCAGACAUUUGACAUGAGCUCCAAAGUGAAGUACAUGAAGAACCCUGAGAUGAUGACCAUUGACAUUAACAUGGAUCCACUAAUCAGUGUCAUUAAUACCAAUUUCAAGACUCUGCACAAGAAAGUGCUCAUUGGCAAGGAUAAGGCUGCUGCCAUGCUGGCUUCAUCUUAUGACAAAGCAAAGGCAGAGUAUGAAAAAUAUAGCAUUGACCUGCCCAAAACCAUCACAGUUCCUGCCUACCACGUUCCAGUGAUGAAUAUUGAGGUGUCCACAUUCACCAUUCCCCUGCCUGACUUCAGUCUCAUCACAGUGCCUGCUCUGCACAUUCCAUCUGCCCUCAGAAAGCUCACUCUUCCAAAAAUCACUCUGCCCAAAAUUACAAACAUCAAGAUCCCCGUAAUGGGUGAUCUGACCUAUGAGUUCUCCAUGAAAUCAGCAAUGAUCACACUCAAAACUGAUGCCAGCAUCCUCAAUCAGGAGAGCUUCAUUGUCAAACUUGAUGCUUCUUCAUCCUCUGAAUUUGAGUUUCUGACUGGAAGGAUUCAGGGUAACACCAACUUGAACACGGCUGAUGGAUUUAAAAUGGUUUCUGCCCUGUCUGUAAAACACUCAACACUGCUAGAGGGAAACCAUGACAGCACCAUCAUCCUAAGUUAUGAAAAUGUGGAUACCUCCAUCACCAAUUCAGCAAAAAUCAAUCUGCCUGACAUGACUAUGGAAAUCUACCAGAGGAUUACUGGAAAUCCAGAGGAAGGCCUUGUUGUCUCUAUGUCCACUCCAUCUGCAGGACUCCUCGCACUUCAGAUGCAGACCAAGCGCCCAGCACAAGUGAAAGCAAGACUCUAUGGUCGCUACCCGUCUGAGCCAACAACAGACAUUGAUAUCUUGGGUGUGAAGAUGUCUGUGGUGAACUCUGAGCAGCUGAAUCUUCAGACAACCUGGAAUAUGGAGAUGCCAUAUGAGAUGAUGCUGCAAAUGAAGGAUCAUGUGCCCACUGUCAUGGAAAUGGUGUCUGAUCCUGCUGUCAGGACAUAUAACACCAUCUACAGACAUGCUAGAAGACUUGAGGGUACUUUUGAAUGGGCUAGAGAGGAGGGUAAAGUGAUGUUCAGGAGAGCUUUUAACAACCUUGCAGCAGUAAAUCCUUCCAAUAUUAUGACCACUGUAACAGAUAAAACUGUUCUGAUCCUCAAAGAGUACCAAAAGAAAGUUGAAAUAGUUUUUAACGCCAUUGUUGAAUUCCUGAGGGAGACUAAGUUCCAGAUCCCUGGGUAUGAACAAAGGCUGUCUGGGCUGGAGGUCUACCAGAAAUUUAAUGCUUUUGUUGCAGAAGUAUCUGAGGAGGCUGUUGAAAAGAUUCCAGAAUACUUUGCCUCCGUGUUUUCAACAGUCCUUGAUUAUUUCAAAGCCAUUGAAUUCACCCUUCCUGGCUCUAACCAUGUUGUCAGUGGUAGAGAAAUUCUUGAUGACUUGUCUGUAGCUUUAAGGAAAAUUCAGGACCAGAUGAUUGUCACAGUGAGGAAACUGGGGAAUAUCCAGAUGGAAGAUAUCCGUAACAAAUUCUCUGCAUUCAUGCAGUUUACCAUCGACCAAAGUGAGAAGUUUCUCCAAAUCCUAAAAUCUCAGAAUGCAGAGCGGUUCUACACCUUUGUGACUGAUAUAUACCAUGAUGCUAUCAACUCCCAUGUCCUGGCUGAUGUUGUCAAACAGGUUGAAGAGGUCCACAGAAUUGUUAUGGAAUAUCUAAAAGCUGUAAGAGCUAAACUUAACAACAUGUUGGCUGAUGUGUCUAGUGUACAGCUUCAGUAUGACAUCCAGUCCUGGAUUGACUCAGCCGUGAAACGUCUUAAUGCUUUCCACAACAAUGUCAUUAAGGUACUAAAAGAGAAAAGCAAAAAUGUCAAACCAUUUGUGAGAGUAGGUGACAAGCAGAUGGACAUUGACAUUCCUUUGCCAUUUGUUGCCAAAUUCAACUAACUGGACAUGGCUAAUAGUGUUUGUAUUGACUGUGUCUGUUGUGUAACCACUUAAGACAACAGUAAAACUAUUCUACCAAAAAAUAAAAAGCUGGAUGCUAACAAG